AUGGAGAAGGAAAUAAUGUUUUGGCGGUCACAUGAAUGCCAAUCAAUAUAUUGCAUUCAACUUCGAUCCUCUUGGACUGAUAUUUCCAAUUAUGAUUCCGCUCAAGUGCUUUUUACAAAAUCCUUGAAAUCGGCAAUAAACAAGGGAUCAGGGAUUAUACAAAGACGGCCAAACAGAAAAGAAGCUUACGGAGAAUUGGAGCCAGACACAUCUCGAUCUAACGCAACAAGUGCAACAUUAGGGGGAAAUCCUCAAACACACACAUUUGUUAAUGCAUCAACAAGGCUUAUGAUGCAGUAG